AUGGGUGACAGGGUGAAGCAAGCACAGCCUUUCAAAAAUUUUGGUUCUUUUGAUCUUGGUGGAGAAUUUAUUCAUGGAUCAAACACUUUGGUUAAUAAGCUUGCUCUUAAUAAUGGCUUUCUUAUCCUUCCUGUAAGUUCAAUUAAGAAUUUCUUCAUUUGUUGGGACGGGAGUUUUUGGGAAGACUGUUAGGAACGGAUGGAAGGAAAUGCGGGUGUAACCUGAAGAAACAGUCGAUCUUUCGUGACGCCAUCACUGGUUUGUCCAUAAAAUGACGUCUGAGGAAUGAGCGGAUAAAUUUCAUACUGAUGACGUGUUACUACACAUGCGUCUCGGGUAGUGGAACAAGAUUUUCAUUGGAAUUUUCAAGCCAACUUUUUGCUUUUUUUCUCCGGCGUUCUAGACUGAAACGUACUCAUCCUGGUAUGGUUUAAAAAAUCUCUUCACCCUGCACAAGUUGUCCUCGACGGCCAAAAAUGAUUACGUCACUUUUAAGUGAUUCAAGGGACGUGGUUACGGGCGGAACAGCGGCGAAUGGGUUAAUCCGGCAUUCAUUAUUCGUCUGUUGUCAUCUGUUUAGCACAAAAAUAAAUACCCGUGGUUAAUGAUUCUCAGAUCACAAAUUUAACCUCAAGAAGGACUCCAUACCUUUUAAACAUUGCCAAGUUAACUUAAAACCGUCUAUUUCCCUGAAAGUUGCUUGCUCCAUUAAAUUUUCCCUCUGAAACUUGCAGGCAGCCCAAAGUAAAGAUGAAGAAGAGGGUGAAAAAUUUACUACAAGGGAAAAUUUUACUCUCUGUCCAGCAAACAGCCAGAAAUUAAAGUCGCCAGAGAUACGUGGAAAGAAAUAA